CACUCUUCAGCAAAUGCUUCUUUGAAAAAGGCAAAGGUGGCAUUGGCCAAUGUGGGAAGUUGUCGGUUGCCUCGAGUCUUGGCCAUCUUGUUGGUCUGAUUGAGGGAAACCCAGCGCAUUGCCAAUCCGGUCAUGGUGUCUGACAUUUCUUUGCUUGCCAUGAUGGUCGAUACCUGGACGAUGUCAGUGGCAGAAACGACGGUAAAAGCACACAACCCACAGCUUGAUCCCAGUCUCGAGCCUGCUCCACUCUACUAUUAUCUCGCUGGCCAGAAGUGGAGCUCGUCAAUGUUUGUGCUUGCAUGAAUCGAAGAUCCUACACCAGAGUGGGUCAGCGUCUCUUCGUGAAUCGGUAGAACACAAGAUUCAUGCAGAAAUGCACUCACCUGAAUCAUCUUCAUCAUGGUCGCCUGGUUGUGAAACAAAGCGUCAAUAUGGGGACCACCAGAGAUGACUGGGCGAACAAAGUAUGCAGUCUUGGUGAUGUCGACUUCGGGAUCUUUUCAUUGUCAGUCAACUUCAACAUUGCACGGCAUCUUUCAAUCGCCAAUGUCACACAUCGGCAGUUGCAGACCUUCCUGAGAAUGACUUACCCGGCAAAUUCUCAUCGACUCCAGCGCCAGAGCGACGACGAGCUGUAGGCGAAGUGGACAUUUUGAGACAAACAGCACCCCUUGUGAUACAGCUAUGUAUUUGAUAAAAGCACCGUGGAGCAAGGUGUUUGGAAGCGAAGGAAGCCCACGAAGCUCGGUGGGUGAGAAGCAAGGAAUGAGUGAGUGAGAAAGAAAAAGAUUGUGCCUCUGUGUUUACAUCUUGGCCACAAAAAUCCUCCAAAAGCUUCUAAUUCUGCCAGACACUGGGGCUGGUGAGGCAGAAUCCUCCGCUUUUCCUCGAUCCCGUCGUUGCCUAGCUCGAUCAUCUUCUCUUUUCGACCACACCUACUCGAGAAUUUGAGAGAAAAUUUAUGAUAUUGUCCGCCAUAUUUUGUGGGAAAUUCCAGGCUGCGGCGCGUUCAGAUCAAAAGACUCUGCUGUCCUCUUCAACCUCCACAGUGCCACAAUUUCUCACUUAUUCUCUCUGUUACCCGCUCUAUCACUACCUCGACGUUGAUAGACUUGCUCUUACUUCAAGAUGCCACCAAAGGGGCAAGUGCGGCUUAGGCCACUGGCUUCCGGCACCGACAUUUCGCUUUCAGAUCUCCUCAAUCGUCUCGACAAUGAUCCCAACGAUGAAUUCGCCUUACGUGAUUUCGAAGAGAUUUUUGGCGAUGUUGAAGCAGAUGAAGGCUUUCGUUCCUCCAGUGCCAGCCUUCAGUCCCGGCAAGAUCGCCAUUUGAAGCGAUUUGUCAAGGUCAUGCGAAUCAAGAACUUUCGGGAUACACUCUAUGGUGCACUGUCUGAUGAUGAUGUUAUUGCACGAGAAGUAACGGAUGCCACCAAAGAAGAUGUCAUCAAAAAUUUGAGAUUGUACCUCCGCGCCGAAGUUCGACUCAUGAAGCCCCGUGGCACCGUUGAUCAGCGUCCUCGAUACCAGAGUCUGCUUCAAUGUCGAGAAAGCAUGCUCUUUUGGAUCUUGCGUCAGAUGGGUGAACGAGCCCCUUACCGCUGGCAACUGAUCAAUGCCUCGAAUGAAACUUUGCAGCGUAUUGGUCGAGAGCUAGGUCUCAAUCGGCAGCGCAGUGUGAAGUCUUACUUUGGCCGUCUGGAACUCGCACAACUCAUUGAUUUUGAUACCCUCCAAUCACCAUAUCUACCUGUCACAGAAAGCCAUCACUUGGCGUGGUGCUUGGGUUGCGUUUGCGGUAUACGACCGGGAUCAAUUGGUUGGUCGAGGCAUCACAAGGACCAAUUUCUCUCCUUCGGAGAUGUGGAGAUCCUCCGCGGCAGGGAUCCUGGAGAAUUUCAUGCAAGAAUCAAUUUCCGGUUUCUUAAAGGCAAUCGCGACAGCCUUGAGAUCGAAACAGGAUUGAAGUUCGCUGUCAACGGCGCGACAACGACCGAUCUGCUUCCAAUGUCUAUUCCUCAUCGCAUCCUCGUUAUCCUGCUUCGACGGAAUGGACUCAAAGACCAUUCGACCCUUGAGUCGCUACUUUCUGGACGUGAGCGAUUCAUCUCAAUCAAGGACGAGAUGCUGCCGAAACCAGUCUGUCGAGCUGGCGGCCCGCGAGGCUUGUCCAUCACAGAGGAAGCUUUGGGUGCGGAUAGCAUGAGUCAGUAUCUUCAGCAACACGCAAUGCAAGCUGGCUAUCCGAGCAACAUUACCAUGUACGCUUGGCGCCGCAAGGCUGGCUCUCAGUGGAGUCGUACGCAAGGCUCUGAGAAAGCAAAGGCAAUGAUGGGUCACGACACCAGAAGUACGACUCUCGAAAAGUAUUACGACCAAGGGCUUUUCGACACUCCUGUUUUCGAGUUAGCCAUGAGGGGAGACACCAAUCUGGCUGCAGCCACUCUUGAUGAAGAUUCUUCGGAGAUUCUCAUGCGUAUGAUUGACAACAAGCGAGUCAAGGGCGCAUAUCUAGCCAGGCGUGUCCAAGAGAUUCUCGAAGGAAACGAAGAGUAUGAGAAGGCAGUCGAGGAGAAUAAUGUUCGAGUGAUCAACAACAUCAAGCGUCGGGCCAUCAAGCUUGCGUCCAAAAUUCUCCAUGACCAGCAAAAGAAGGAUCACGACGCCACCAUGACUGUGGAAGAGUUUGAGCGACGUAAAGAGACGGUCGCAGAUCCUACUGGUCUCGCUCAACUGAUUCGUGAGAGGACCAGGGUAGCUAUGCGAGGUGGAGUGGUAUCCGUCGGAGUUGGAAUGCAGCCCGAGACCAGUGCAAGCGCUAUUGUGGCCGCUCAUGGAUCUACAACGCAAGGUGCAGCUAGGGACCCUGGAGCACGGCCGGCGGGACAGCCUCCUGGACGAGAAAUAGGCCAUGGUGCUGGUCCAGCAACGCUUGGAACCCCUCGUGGACCAUCCAUGGCAACAGAUGAUCCUGAAUUCAAUGAGUUGUUGCAAGAUCAAGAUCUCACUGCUGAUGACCUCCACGACGCUGAAGAUGAUUUUGGUGCAGCAGAUCAAGGAGAAGCUGGGAUUCCAGUGGAUGUUGAUGGACAAGAUCAGUAUGGCGAUGUCGUUGACGAGACACCUGAAGCAUUUGCUACAGCCGUCGAGGUUUUCAUGGCAUCCCUUGGACAGGAUAGGUUUGUGGAACGUGAUCCCAGCCAAGAAUUGAUCUGCGAGCUUUGUGCCGCCAGUCCUUAUGUCGGCGACGAGUUCAAAGAAAAGAUUUGGACAUCCAAGGCCAAGCUGCUGAACCACCAACUUGGUCGAGAACACAGUAAACAUGGCGAGGUUAUGAAGAAGUUGAAGUGGAAUCAAGACAAUUCGGCGGACGGAAAAUUCCACUGUCCAUAUGCAGGAUGCUCUGCAACAUACACCAACAUCAACAAGCUUACCGAACACAUUCGUACCAGUGGCCCUCCUUCCAAUGAUGUUCAAGAAGAGGCAGAUCGACAACAACUUCAACAGCACGACGACGAAAAACGUGCUGAUGGCUGGUAUGAUGACGACUUCGAAACAAGCAUGAAAGAAUCCAAGUCACAUAUUGUUCGCCAGAACCGUCGACGUGUCUAUGGCCUCGCAUAUUCAGACAUGGAAGAGCUGCCAGAGCCGGUUAAGAUCAAAAUCAACGUGUCCUACGAGGCUGUGCUCGGCGAUAUUGAGGGUGCGAGCAUGAAACAGAUUCCAGACCAGUACAAAGGUAUUAUAGCCUUUGGCGAUGAUCCAACAAUUCCACCGUACAAAGGUUGGCAAGAUCUCCCAGGACAGCCACACAGUGUAGUACUCGCACUUGGUGAUGACCCAGUCGCCCCAGAUUACGAACAUCCUAUGCCGGCAUCAGAUCGACCGAAGCACGGUCUCUUGGGCGGCGAUGAUGAUCCAAAGUUCAAACACCCCCACCAGGCCACUCCUCUUGAGUGAAAAUGAGCAAAGAGCACUAUUUGACCAUGUUCUGUGGAAGGAGCAGACAGUCAUUUCAUUGAAGUUUCCAGUACUCCGUACCUCGAAGCAUUGUCGCAGUGUGGCUCUACCGAAAGCCACGGAAUUAUCGUCCACCAUAGAAAUGGCUUGAACACGGACCAUAGCCGACAACUCCAUAGAUGAGAUCGAGUUCCUCAUCCUUUUCAAAUACAAAUUUCUCUAAUCACAAUUCCAUAAUCGCCCAGUACUAUUUUUGAG